AUGAUUAUGCGGAGUGUGUUGGCGCGAUUAGCACACUUGCGUCUAUCGGCCCAGCUGGCUGCCAGUACCCGAUCGCAACACACGGUGAGUGCCUGCGCACACUCCGCACGGCACUACACGCGAAUGCAGCGAUGCACAAAUAUCGCGUGUGAUUGUGUGUGUGGACUUUGCGACGGACGGAUCUUGACAUUAUUUCCCCGCUUCCCCUACAAAAUGAGAAAGAUUAUGAAACAGCCAAAACUGCACUUGGGGAUACUACUCAUGAUAUGGCUAGUGGGCGGUGGGGACGGCUACAGUUGCCCGUACGGUCAGCAGUGCGGUUUUGAACCCGCACCCCCUGGUCGUUCGCCCCCCUGUGCGCAACCUGGCCUCACCUACUGCCUUCAUCCAGAACCUUACCCAGAGCAUAUCAUUCACAAGCUGAUAGAGGCCGGGCAGUACGACAUUCGGACGUUACUGUCGGACGAAAGCCGCGAUGAAUUCGAGUCGAAGAAGAAAGGCGCUUAUCCGUAUGGGUAUGGACCGAACUCGCUGCCGCACGUCGACCAAAUUUCGCUGGUGAAUGACGCGCAUUACCCAAAAGACGUCAAUAAGUAUCACGGUCAAUAUAACCAUGACGUCCUCAUCAAAAAAACACCACUACAACCUCCGUCAUCAAUAGAUCCGGUACCCUACAAUAUUGACGCGUACCAAGCUGCCAACUUCUCAAAAUUCGGUUUCAACAGCUACUGGAGUCCAACAAACCAGUAUGAAUAUAACAGGAAAGGCUUGACACAACAUCGUGUAGCCCAGAACCUAGAUGGCUAUAACCAUGGGUUUUUCAACGGACCUAAUCUAUAUCAGGGUUACGACUCGAACUGGUAUAGCCAGCCUACGAAUCACGGUGUGACGCAGUAUAAUCCUAAUGAAUGGUGGAAGUAUAUAACACCCACACGAUCCGACGACGUGACGAUCGAGCGAUCCGUAACGUUCCCGACACGCACGACAACGAUCCGCAGGCCGGCGCGGCGACGACGCAAUGCUGAGCUCGUGAAAACUGCAGAACAGAAAACUCUGACAGGCGCGGAGGCAUUGAGGAUAGCUUUGGGAUUAGCCAACGAGGACAGCUUAGCAGAAAGGCCAAGGCGACAGGCUCUGGACUCUUUGGAACUGUGUCGCGUUAGAACACAGUUUAUUACUCCGCGCGCCGCUCUUAACAAUAAGGGCAACUGGCGGUAUGUCGUUAAUAUGGCAGACAAUAUGACGCAACUUGUACGCGCUGAAAUUUGCGCGUCAACUGAAUGCAACGGUUUAUGUACGUUACCUCUUGGAUACACUUCUCGUUGUGAACAAAAAUAUAUUCAAAAGCGACUUGUUGCAUUGGAAUCGAGUGGCCAAACGCUAUACACGGAUUUGUUUUGGAUCCCUAGCUGCUGUCAAUGCACAAUUGUUAACAACAAUUAA